GUGAGGGCGGUGCGGAGGUGGCUCAAUGUUAGCAGCGAGCGAGAUGUGACUUUGUAGUGGGUUUGUCUGAGGAUUUGGUCACGGGAAGCGUUCUUUUUUAAUUAACCUUCUGUACUUAAGGCGGCUCUAGUGUCGGUGCGGUAGCUGGAGCCGGCAGGGAGGCGGCCGCGGAUGCCGUGGGCGGCGCUGGAGUCCCUGCAGUGUGUCACCCCCCGGUGCUGAGGUGAUGGAGCCGCUGCCGGAGCUCUACGCCAUCUUCCAGGGCGAGGUGGCUGCUGUGACAGAAUAUGGGGCAUUUAUAAAAAUCCCAGGCUGCAGGAAGCAAGGCCUUGUUCAUAAGACUCACAUGUCCUCCUGCCGCAUAGAUAAACCCUCAGAGAUAGUAGAUGUUGGAGACAAAGUAUGGGUGAAACUCAUUGGAAAAGAGGUGAAGGAUGACAAACUGAAACUGUCCCUUUCCAUGAAGGUUGUUAACCAAGGCACAGGGAAAGAUCUUGAUCCAAACAAUGUUUCCCUUGAUCAGGAUGAGAGAAAAAAACGCACAUUUAGGGACUACACCAGUCAGAAGAUCACCCUUGAAGCUGUCUUGAACACUGUGUGCAAGAAAUGUGGCUGCAAAGGUCAUUUUGCCAAGGAGUGUUUCGUGCAGCCUGGAGGGACCAAAUACAGCCUGAUUCCGGAAGAGGAAGAGGAGGAGGUGGCAGCAGCAGAAUGUGAAAGACGCAGGAAGAGCAGCUUGUCUGGUGAUUCUUCAAAGAAAAGGAAGAAGGAGAAGAAGAAGAAAAAGAAGCACAAGAGUAAGCAGUCCUCUGAGUCUGACUCAGACAGCUCUGACUCGGACAGCGAUGGGGCUCAGCCAGCCAGCAAGAGGGCCAAGCAUUCGGGGAAGACCAGCAAGGCUCAGAAGAAGAAGAAAAAGAAGCAUAAGAAGAAGACCAAAGAGUGACAGCAGGCAGAGAGGGGCACUGCUGUUGUGAAUCCCUGGAAUGUGCUGCUGGGAGCAAGCAGGAGCAAGUCAGCGUGCUUCUUGCAGCAAGGCAAGGAGUUUCCUUCUUCCAAAAGUAAUGCUCAGCCUGUGUUGUUCAAGUUGUUGACUUUGCUGUGAGUUUUCCUCUGUUACCUUAGGCAUGGGCUGCCUUUUUCUCCCAACGAGGCCAGUGGGCGUGCCUGCCAGCAUAGUCUAAUUAACUACACCCAUUCAUCAGCCCCUCUGUCCUGUAGUCUCCUGUUGGGCUGGGUAAGCUGCCCCCACCCUGCAGGCUCCCUGGUCAGCGGCAGCCCUGAGCUGUGACGUCAGUCCCGGAUGGAGCUGCCUGUAAAAGGUGGAGCUGUGUGUCCUGCACCCCAGCCUGCCUGCACACGUGCUCUGUUGGAUGGGUGCAGCUGCAGUGACUGAGUACAGCCCUGCUGCACAGCAGCUCCGAGGAAGGGCACUGCUAUCUGUGCCCUAACCCCACUCCUUUCCCAAUGCAAGGCACUGCCUGGAGGGGCUCGGUUCACAGGUUGGCUUUGAUACUCAAACCCUCCCCCUGCUGCAUUCAUUUUUUUGUCUGUAAACAUUGAAAGUGGCAGAGUAAGAAGUGAAGUGGUGAGCGGUGAUAUUUUAAGUAAACAUUAACUGUGGUGUAUUUGCUGCCUUUGUAAAGGAUGGAAAAUAAAUCUCUCAAAUCUCCAGGU